AUCAUUGUGUUGUAAUUGAAGCUGCCUUUAAAGAACUUGCAGAUCUCACCAACUCUAAUGUAAAUUUAACUGCUUUACAGUUUGAAAUUUUAGAAACAAUGCUUAGGUGUGCUGUUAAAAAUGGUUUGCCUAAAUGUACUGAAUCUAAAACAAUCUUGAGUAAACAUAAAGAAGAACAGCUAGUAGGUUAUUGUAAAAACAUACAAAGGUUAGAAUUUGGAUUGACAAAAUCAGGUGUAAAUCACUAUGUGAUAAAAAUAGUUCGUAACAACUAUUGUGCUCAUCUUUUUGCAACUAAAGGGCCUGGCAGGGCUUGGUGGGACUGUUUUAUGAAAGAUUAUUCAGACUUAUCUUUUCAAACACUCCAAGCUCUGUCUGAAGCAUAUGCUCAAAGAGCAAAUCCAAUAAUUAUAAAAGAUCAUUUUAAAAAACUACAAAAAAUAAUCAAGAAACAUUCGCUUACUGCAGAAAGCAUUUGGAAUAUAGAUGAGACAAAAUUUGUUAUUGCCCUUAAACAUAUCUUUGUUGCACCAACAAUUUCUGUGGCAGGUGUUUGUAUUCUUCCAUUAAUUAUUUAUAAAGAUGUUCAUACAAUUCUAGAACUAUUAGCUAAAGGGCUACCUGUCUUAUUAAUCCUUGAUGGCCACAAGAACCAUAUAAACUAUACAAGUAUUAAGUUUUGUCAUGAGAAUGAGAUUUUACUUUAUGCUCUUUCUCUACAUAUAACUUAUAUUCUUCAAGCAUCUGAGUUUUCUUUUGCCAAACUCAAGAUGGAGUAUAAUAACAGUUAUGAGAAACUACAUCAUACUAAGAGAGAAGUAGCAACUAAUAAUCUUUUGCUUUUAUCUCAUCAAAUCAUUCAGCCAACUAGAGAACCAUGCUUUAAUCCUAACUCUAAAUCAUCUUCAACAUUUGCAUUCUCCUUCUCUAACCCUAACUUUAAGCCAUCUUCAACAUUUAUGUUCUUCUCCUCUUCUCAACCUUCUUAUAAAUACUUUACUAGAACCAGUAUUUUCAAAGAUAUAGAGAUACUGAAAGUAGAUGUUAUGUCACUUGAAAAAGAACUUUCAUUACAAACUAAUGAACAAGAAUUUUGUGAAGCUGCUGGAGUCUGA